CUGUCGGUGGAGUCUGUUACAAGGGGAGCAGCCGCCCAGGCCGCCACACAGCUCCCCGCAGAGGCCUCGGUGCCCCUUGCCAUUUUCCAGCCCUACUCUGACUAGAGUGGAGGCAGCGGGGAGAGGCGGAGCCGCGAGAGCGCCGCCGAGAGGUCCCGCGGGCGGUCGCGGCCAUGACAGCGGCUCCCGACCGGCUCACCUUCCGCGCCCCUCCCGCCAGAGUCAGGUUUUCCUUGUUCCCGCGUGUGCGUGUUCAGCCAAUCGUUUUUAAGGAGAAACUAACAAUGAAAACGGACUCGUGGAUGGAGGAAAAGUUGGAAUGCAGCCUCUGGUGCUGUUUGAGCGAUCCCUCUCCCCCGGGCCGCUGCUGUGUUCCGGAAAGGCGCAUUGUACCGUGGAUGCAGCAGGUAAGAGUCCUGUCCAGCUGCUCUGCCCGCUUUUCCUUUCAGGCUUCUGUAUCAGCUGUUUUUCCCCUGUAGAAUGUGCCCCUGACAGCCACCCCCUAACCCUACCCAAUUUGUCUUUACACGUCUGACCAUCAAGGCUCUUCUGGGUCAUAUUCAGUUCAUGCUGAUAUUUCCCCUUCCUCCCCUCUUUAGUCUUCACUAUUUUUGCUUUGG